AUGCUCAGAUUAUCCUCAAACUCCUUAGAUUAUCCUCAGACUACUCCUCAAACUCCUCAGUCUAAUCCUCAGACUCCUCCUCAGAUUAUCCUCAAACUCCUCAGACUACUCCUCAAACUACUUCUCGGUCUAAUCCUCAGACUCCUCCUCAGAUUAUGCUCAGAUUAUCCUCAAACUCCUCAGAUUAUCCUCAGACUACUCCUCAAACUCCUCAGUCUAAUCCUCAGACUCCUCCUCAGAUUAUGCUCAGAUUAUCCUCAGACUCCUCCUCAGAUUAUCCUCAAAUUCCUCAGAUUAUCCUCAGACUACUCCUCAAACUCCUCAGUCUAA